AUGCUGAGCGCGCUUUUCAUAUUCUCCUUGCGAGGGGAGCUCCUGAUAUCGAAGCACGUUAGGAGCUCCGUGCCGAAGUCAAUGUCUGAGAUCUUUAGGAUUCAAGUCAUCAAUAAUUUAGACGUGCGUUCUCCGGUACUAACCCUUGGAUCUACCACCUUCCAUCAUGUGAAGUCCCCAGGGAAUUUAUGGAUAGUUGCGGUAAGCCGAUCUAAUGCAGACAGUGCGGCGAUCUGGGAGUUUCUGUACAAGCUCAGCGCACUUUUGGAAGCAUUCGGCCUUCACUCCGAAAACGAACUCAAGGAAGAUUUCAUGACAUGCUACGAGCUAUUAGAUAUUGUGCUCGAAGACGGGGUACCUGUCGAUACGGAAUUGAGCAGUGUUGCGUCGAAGAUGUCGGUGAAGCCUUCGGCGUCUGCAGAGAGAAUCAACACGUUCAUUGAGAGCGGGAACGGCGGAACCAACCGUAUCCUCCCGGUCGCGCAAUUUUUGAGAGCAAGAUCAAGCAGCAGCAACCUGCAUGACUCUCAUAGUAAGGUUCCGUCGAACAUCCCUUGGAGGAUGAAUGGUAUCAAGUACAAGAAAAAUGAGGUUUUUCUGAACGUUAAUGAGCGCAUUAGCAUUCUUGUUUCAAAAGACGGUUCGAUCUUGAAAUCGUAUGUGGAUGGUACUGUUGAAGCGACGACCCACUUAAGCGGUAUGCCGGUCUGUCGCUUUGGCCUCAAUGACUCGCUGUCCGUUAGCACGCCCUUUGGCGAUAACGAGUCUCCGACAACUAAUAAAAAAGCCAUACCUAAAGCAGCCGCUGGCAGCGUUAUGCUCGAGGACUGUAAAUUUCAUCAAUGUGUACAGCUUGACAAAUUCCAAUCCGAGCGAACCAUAAACUUCAUACCGCCUGACGGCUCAUUCGAGCUCAUGAAAUAUCACGUACGCGAGAACUUGAACUUGCCAUUCAAAAUCACACCCGUCGUGACUUUGUUCAAAGCUAACUCAAUCGACUACAGGGUAACUAUCAAAUCCCUCUUCCCCAGCAAGCUGACUGCCAAGGAUGUGCAACUACGCAUACCGGUUCCCCCCGAGACUGUUGACUGUCACAUUAGCACAUCCAAUGGCAGAUGCAAGUUUGUGCCUGAGGAAAGCGCCAUCAUCUGGAAAUUCAGCAAAUACCAGGGGCUGACCGAGAAUAGCCUUUCGGCAACGGCAGUGCCUAUGAAGGACUCUGCGCUGAAUAUUGACCAAUGGUCCAAGCCGCCAAUGUCACUGAAGUUUGAAAUUGUUAUGUUCAGCAACUCCGGAUUAGUUGUUCGCUUCUUUGAUGUUUCUGAAGGAGACCGAAACUACAAAAUGGUGAAAUGGAUCAAGUACCUUUCGAAGUCGGGAGCGUACGAGGUCAGGUAUUAA